AUGACCAUCUUUACAUCCAAGAGACAGCCUAUCCCAAUCCCAGAUAUUGACAUUUACUCCUUCUUAUUUCGACCCAAUGAAUUCAACACAACUCGCUCACAGGAUCGUCCAUUGUUGAUUGACGGCAUUUCUGGUAAAUCAUUGACCUUUAAACAAGCAAGAACUAUCUCGGGUCAGUUGGCUACUGGCUGGAAAGAGAAUGUUGGAUUAAAAAAGGGCGAUGUGGUCGCUGUAUUUGCUCCCAAUCAGUACGAUCAUGCAGUGCUUUACUUUUCGCUGUUGGCUGCUCAAUGUACAGUAACUCCCGGCAAUCCCAACUACACUGAAGUUGAGUUCAAUCAUCAAGUCCAUAAAGCACAAGCCAAGGCCAUUAUUACUGUUCCUGAAUUGCUUCCCGUCUUACUCAAGGUGGCUGCCAAGAACAGUAUACCCAAGGACAAGAUCUUUUUGUUCGGCGAUCGUGCUAUUGAUGGCGUACAACCCUUCAGUGCUAUUGCAUCCAAGCAAGUCAUGCAGAUCCCAAUACAAGGUGUGGAUAGCCAAGAUUUAGCUUUUAUUUGUUUUUCCAGCGGUACCACAGGUGUGGCAAAAGGCGUCAUGCUGACACACAAGAACUUUGUCUCCCAAAUGAUAAUGGUAACUGAUUUCGAGCAAACAGAUGCUAAUCAAAAGGACGACAUGAUUAUUGGUUUCUUGCCAUUUUUCCACAUUUUUGGCUUGACUACACUCGUUCUCCGUGCCUUUUACUCCAAUACGCCCGUGGUUGUGGUUCCCAAAUAUGACCUGGAGCUGGUGUGCCAAUUGAUUGAAAAGUACAAGGUGACACAUGGGCCCAUUGUACCUCCAGUUGCUGUUCAACUCGCAAAGAAUGAUGUCGUCUUGAAAUACGAUCUCUCCUCGCUCAGAAUCAUUAGCAGUGGUGCUGCACCUCUUGGUAGCGAGCAUAUAGACGCUCUGCAUUUGCGUGUCAAGGCUCCUGUGAGACAAGGUUAUGGUUUGACCGAAACCACAGCUGGCUGUGUAUACCAAAGACUUGGUGUCAGUCCCUCUGGAUCUACCGGUGUGCUGGUUGCCAAUAUGGAGUGCAAACUGGUAGAUGAAGAAGGAAAUGAGUUAGGACCAGAUCAACCUGGCGAAAUUCUUAUGAGAGGGCCAGUCAUUAUGAAGGGCUAUUUGAAUGAUGACAAGGCCAAUGCAGAGACAUUUACACAUGAUGGCUGGAUGCGCACGGGUGAUGUCGCCAAAUUCGACUCCAAAACUGGCGAAUUCUUCAUCAUUGACCGUAUCAAGGAGUUGAUUAAAUACAAGGGCUAUCAAGUAGCACCUGCUGAACUGGAGGCACUUUUGAUGAGUCAUGAUGCCGUUGCUGAUUGCUGUGUCAUUGGCAUCUACGACUCUGCACAAGCAACUGAGCUUCCCCGAGCCUAUGUUGUACUCCAACCAUCUGUUCCAAAGACGCCUGCUUCUGCUACCAUGAUCUCCAAGUUUGUUGAGGAUAACGUCAUUAGUUACAAGAAGCUACGUGGCGGUGUUCAGUUCCUUGAUGUGAUUCCCAAAAGCCCCAGUGGCAAAAUUCUUAGACGUGUGCUUCGUGAUGCUGUGCUUGAGGAGAAGAAGCAACAGCAACAACGAGGUAAACUUUAA